AGCACAUGGCCGACUGGUAUUUUGUAAACAAAACACUCGUUUCACAGAUAUAAAAUGGCACUUCGGCUUCGAUCAGCUGCUAACACAUUUGAUGGAAGUGACGAUUCUUGUGAAUCAGAUUCGGAAGAAGAAAUUGAUAUGAAUAGUAAUUGUGAUUCUAAUAAUGAGGGCAUUGAUGCUGAUCAAAAGGAUUUUGAUGAUGCCGAUGAUUUAUAUAAAGAAGAAGAAAAUAAUUAUAUAAUACAUAGUGAUGAUGACAAAUCAAGUGAUGAAGGCCCAGAUGAUAUUGGAUUUAAUGUCAGUAAAAAUGAAGCAUUAAAAAAUAUUCAACAAGCUAUCACUCUCUUGAAGAAUGACAAAGUAUCCAAGAAAAAUAAAAGAAAGCAAAAAGAGGAGUUAUUUCAAAUGCAAAAGAAAAAGAAAUUAGCAGAAAUGGAGAAGAAUAAAUUAUCAGAAGAUAUUCUAGAAGCUGUUUCAGGAAAAUCUUUUAAGGCAACAAAACAGACAAAUUUUGAAGAGGAAAAAACAAAAAAUAGUCGUAUUAGGUUUGAAGAAGAUGAAUUGUUUGAUAAUGAACCUGUUGUAGAAUCUGAGGAGUUUAUUCCUUUAAACAGCUCCAAAGGUUUAGUUGUCAAAUCUGUCCAAUCUAAAAAGAAACCAUCACAUAAAGCUAAAGAUUUUCGUGAUAAUAUGUUAUAUGGUAACAGAAUAAAAAGAGUAGAUGCUCAAACAUUAGAAAGACAGAAAGCCAAAAGAAGAGCAAGAUAUGUUUGACAGUUUAAUGGCUUAAAAGAAUCAUAAUAGAUUCUGUUUUCAAUGGCCAAAAUUAAUCAUAGAACAUUAUUCAAAUGAAGAUUGAGUUCUCAUUGAAGGUUGGAUCAAAUUCAUUUUAACUUGAUGAAAGACAUCUUUGGCAGAAUUACUCAACUUUUUUUUGUGAGAGCUCCUUUGGGGAAAGCAUUUUCUUCAACCAUUUUGAUACGGCAAAGAAAAUGUUUAGAUUUAGCACUGUGUCAGCAAGGAAAAAACUAGCAAUCUACCAUACUGCUAUGGCGGUUCUAUGUUUCAUUGUUCUAUAUAUCGAUUAGAAAUAAAUAUUGCUCUUUGAAUUGAUGUAUUGACCACAGUGACAAUAUUUUGUUAAAGUGUAUUCUGAAUUAUAAAAAUUGAAUAAACAUUCUUUUACUU